AUUUUUUUUUGUUUGCAUUAACUGCAUUUAAACAGCAAAAAACUUAAAAAAUUAUUUUCAAAAAUGGCAACAAAAAUGCUAAACAUGCCGGAUUAUACUGGCUAUAUAAAAUGUGGAGAAAUUCUAAAAUCACCUUUACCGAAUUACCAAUAUCCAUUAAUUUUAAAAUGUUAUCAAUGUGAUAAAAUAAAUUUCAUUUUGGAAUCAUUUAUUAUACAUAUUCAGGAGCACUGUAAUGAUGGUGUUGAAUCAAAAGAAAGUGUUGAUAUCAAAAUUGCAUGUGAUAAUGAAGUGGAGCCUAUUGAACAUCCUUUAAUUAAAAUAGAGACCAUUAUUAUGGAAGUAGAUGACCCUCUAAUUGUCAUUAAAGAUGAGGUUAUUGAAGAAAUUUCUCAAGAUGUUAAAACUCACAGUAAUACGAUGGAUAACGAAGAUUAUUCAUCAAACACAGAUGAUGACUUUCAAACAGAUGAUGCCGAUACGGAUGAUGAAGAAAUAGCUAAUAAAUCAACUAAAAAGAAAAAAAGUACAUCACCGUCAACUAUUGAGAAAUUUAUAAAAUCCAAACCUAAUAUGCAAACAUUGAUAGAACUUUAUAAAAAUCAACCAAACUUGUGGAAUAAAGAUUUACAUUUUUAUCAUUUUAGAGAUAAAAGACAGUCAUUUCUUGAAGAAACUACUAAAGAUUUGAAUAAUAAACUGAAUUCUAAAUUUACAUACAAAGAAGUAUCAGAUAUUAUUAACUACAUAUAUCGAAAACACCGAAAAGAUUUCAAAAGGCUUCGACUUUACGAGGAAGACGAAAAAACUUCUAAUGACAAGAAAUAUAAACGUUGCUGGUUUUAUGAUGAUUUAUAUUUCUUAAGGCCUAAAACGAAAAUACAACUACAGAAAUUGGAUGUAAAUUUACCAGAUUUAACUACAGAGCAAGUUACCAAAAUAAUACAAAUAUAUAGAGAAUUUCCACAUCUUUGGAACACAAAUCUAGUAGAAUUUAUGUGUACAAAUAAACGUCACGAAGCUUAUAUUGAAAUGUUGAAGAGUUUGGAAACAAAUAUGAACAUUAAUAUAAAUGUAACUGUUUUGGAAGAAUAUUUACGCACUAUACAUUAUUACUUUUCAAGAGAAAAACGUCUUCGUAAGCAAAAGAAAAUUGAUGCUAAAUCGAAAACUCCUGCAGAGGAUUACUACGAGCACCUGUUAUAUUUGUAUGACCAUGAGGGACCAUUUAAUUGCUCCGAAUGUAAUCGGUUAUUUGAAAAAACUUUAGGAUUUAAAGUUCACAAAUCCACUCACGAUGAUUCAAUACCAUUUACAUGUUCUCAGUGCAAGAAAGAGUUCAAAACAAUUAAAUCGUAUACAAUUCAUGCUAAACGCCACUUUGAGGAUCUUGAAUUUGUAUGCACUGAAUGCAAUAGAAAAUUCGUGGCUUACGCCGAUCUUAGAGUACACUUACUAACUCAUUCUGGAAAUGGACCACACUUCUGCGAAAUAUGUGGCACAUCCUAUCCCCGUAUACAUAGUUUUAAAAGACACCAGAGACGUCAUGAAAAACGAUAUACUCACACAUGUCAUAUUUGUUCGAAAGGGUAUUAUUCUAAAGAUCGAUAUGAUGAUCAUAUGAAUUCUCACAUGAACAUAAGACAACAUAUUUGUCAAUUGUGCGGCAAGGGAUUUAUUACUAGCAGAGCAUUAAAGACACACUCAGUCACCCAUGAAGAUGCCAGAAAUCACGCAUGCAAGUUGUGUGGCAAAACGUUUAAACUCAAAAUUGGAGUAUUACAACAUAUGCGAACUCAUGGCAGCAGAUUUGAAAUUGAAGAUAAAAAUUAAAUACAUUUACAUAUAAUAUUGUAGUAGUAUAUAAAAUUCAGUUGAGUAUUGAUGUUUUUCAAGAUAAUGUUUUUAUUGAAGUGAAAAUUUUUGAUAAAAAUACAAAACAUAAAAUACAAUAUUCAAAAA